AUGGAUGUCCUGUUCAACACAUCACAUGUUCUAACGAUACAACACUUCAAUCUCUCCUCUGAAAAUGUAUUUCCUGCAUUUCUUUUUGCAACUCUGAGCUACAUGAUCAUACUUUUCUGCAACCUUAUUCUAAUCCUCACCAUUGUACUUAACAAAUCUUUGCAUCAGCCCAUGUAUCUGAUCAUGCUGAGCCUACCUAUCAAUGACAUUAUAGGCUCCUCAUCAUUCUUUCUGCUGCUCAUUAAGAACAUACUGACCAACAGCAGGACAAUGCAUUACUCGGCUUGUGUUGCCCAAGCUUUUUUUAUCCACAUCUAUGCAGCAGGUACAGUGUUCAUUCUGAGUGCAAUGGCAUAUGAUAGGUAUAUUGCCAUAUGUUUUCCUUUAAAAUACAACUCAAUUAUGACUUAUGCUCACAUAAUGAGAAUAAUCACAUUUGUGUGGAUAAUUAAUUUGGUUUUAAUGGGUGUGCUUUUUUUUCUGCUUUUGCGUUUACCCCGUUGUCGAUCGGUAUUGAAAAACCCCUACUGUGAUAAUCCAUCAUUGCUUUCUCUGGUCUGUGCAGACAAAACCAUCAAUAACAUUUACGGGCUCUUUACAGUCGCUCUUACACAAGUGGUAGCUAACGGGACGAUUUUGUACACAUAUCUCCAGAUUCUUGUUGCAUGCUUCAGAUCCAAACGAUCAGACACAAAAGCAAAAGCUCUGCAGACAUGUGCUACACAUCUGGCUGUUUUUCUCCUGUUGGAGUGUCUGGGUCUUUUCACCAUCAUAUCAUACAGAAUAAAGAACAUUUCACCAAAUAUAAGGUGGUUCAUGGGGGUGACAACUUUAAUUUUCCCCCCAGCACUGAAUCCAAUCAUCUAUGGACUGAAAACAAAAGAAAUUCGAGAAAAAGUAGUGUACUUUUUUAGGAAUAAAAUACUUAAUUUUAGGCAUGCAGCAAGCUAA